AUGAAACACAUUUAUCUUCUCCUCAUAGGUCCUCAUCUGUCUCAGAGCUGUGAACUAUCUCUGCCCUGCUGUGCAGACGGGGGGUCACCGUCGAGCACCAAGGCUCCCCAAGUCAGUGGGGUCAGAGUUAAGCUGGAGAUGCAUGCACUUUGGCAGCAGUUUGACCAGCUGGGCACAGAGAUGAUUGUUACCAAAGCUGGAAGGAGGAUGUUUCCGACAUUCCAGGUGCAAAUCUCCGGCAUGGAUCCUACUGCUGAAUAUGUUCUGCUUAUGGACUUUAUCCCCGUUGAUGAUAAAAGAUACAGAUAUGCGUUCCACAGCUCAUCCUGGUUGGUUGCAGGGCGAGCGGAUGUUGUUGCCCCAAGCAGGAUGCAUUUCCACCCAGACUCGCCUGCCUGUGGAGCCCAGUGGAUGAAGCAGACUGUAUCCUUCGACACGCUCAAGCUCACCAACAACCUGCUGGAUGACAACGGACAUAUGAUAUUGAACUCAAUGCAUCGCUAUCUGCCGCGCUUCCAUGUGGUGUAUGUGGAUCCAACUCCCAACAGUCAUUUAAAUGCAUACAGGAACUUCUGCUCUUUUUCCUUCUCUGAGACACUCUUCAUGGCCGUCACUGCCUAUCAGAACCACCGGAUCACACAGUUAAAAAUAGCUAGCAACCCAUUUGCUAAAGGCUUCAGGACUACAGACUCCCAGGACCGGACAGGAGUACCCAGUCCCAUUGUUGGUGGAGCAGUGUGGACUGUCCCACCACUGUAA